AUGGGCAAAGGGUUUCAGAAUUUCAUGAGCAAGAAGGACUUCCAUCCUUCGGCGUGGUGGAACAUUAAAAAAGUGUGGGAGGCUCGACAAAAGGAAGACAUGGAAAAAAAGAGGCAGGAGGAGUUACGAGUUCAGUAUGAGAAGGAGCAAGAUAUUUUAAAUAAUCGAGCAUUAUUAGGAGAUAAGAAAGCUGCAAUGGGUCUUUCGUUUAUGUAUGAUGCUCCUUCAGGAAUCAACAAAAAAGAGGAGGAGAAACCAGAACCCAAGUUUGAAUGGCAAAGGAAAUAUAAUGCUCCUCGUGAGGAUUGGGCGAAAAAUAAUGAUGCUAUUAUGGAUCAACCUUUCGGUAUCCAAGUUCGCAAUGUCCGGUGUGUAAAAUGUCAUACUUGGGGUCACUUGAACACUGAUCGCGAGUGUCCUUUGUAUAACAUGAGCGGGAACUUUGAAGAUGCUGGAUACUCAAAUAACCCGUCAGAUCUGAUUAAGCAGUUGAGAAAAGAUCGGGAAACAGGAAGAAUAUUUCAAGGAGAAGUUAGUGAAACCCCUUUGCCUCGAUUAAAGAGGAAAAAAGGUGAUGAGGACGAGGAGUGGUUAGAAUUUACCAAUGAACAGCUUGCGGAGAACAUGAAGGCUGAACAUGGACUUGCUCUAAAAUCGGCAGUGCUUAACAAUAUGCGAGCAGAAGAGCAUAUUGUUGUUAUUAUAUUCCGUAUUUCUCAAAUAUGGUUUUGCAGAAAGGUUUUUAAUCAAAAUAAAGGCGCUGACAAAAAUGACAAGAAAGGAAAGAGGAGAAAGAAGGAGAAAAAGAAGAAGGAUAAGAAGCGUAAGCAUCGAGAUGCCGAUAAGUUACUCUACAAGUCUAAAAUGUGUGUCUUUAACGGAACUGUUUCUUUUUUAAUUCAAAAAGAUCACUCCACUUCCUGUUUGAUAACGAAGUUUUGUGCAAAAAAUUAUGACAUCAGCUUCUUAUGA